AAACCACCGCCCUUCGUCUCACUACCGCAUCUGUAUCCUUUAGACCUAGACAGCUUUGCUCCAGAAAUUUCCAGAAGCACACUCAAUAAGCAAUGCGGACCAUUUCGUGCUCGAUUCUGUUCCUCUUCGCCAACUGCGUAUCGGGCGAGAUAUUCUUCAAUAUCUUCAACGAUCAGCUCAUUCGUGCCGGGGUAGCUUCAAACCAGCAAGUUAUUACCCAAAAUGCUGCCAGCCACCACAACGCACCUCCAGAUGCCGGUUGGAGCGGUUGUGCAGGCAGAGACAGAGGCAGAUACUCCUGCGCCUACCAUGUCGCUGGCACCAGCGAUCCUGUGAUAGCUAACACUGCUGCUGCUACUGUUCCAGGUGCUGUUCCAGGUGCUGUUCCGGGUGCUGUUCCGGGUGUUGUUUCGGGUGUUGUUUCCAGGUCUGUCCAGGUUCUGUUCCAGGUACUGUUCCAGGUUACUGUUCCAGGUGCUGUCCCAGUUGUCGCUCCAGGUGCCGUAUCUGUUGCUGCCCCAGCUAGAGAGGAGUAUGAGGAGGAGGGGACCUCCCCAGCAAUAUCAGACUCCAGGAAAGCUUGUUCGCCAGGCCGCUGUGCCUCUGCUGCUGCACUUACACGCUUUGCUGUUGGCCCAAUGGAGGAUCUUGCGGCUGAGGCAGAUGCUCUAGCAGAUGAGGCACCCAAGGGGCCGAAUCAGAACGCCAAGGUUGCGCAGGCUAUGGCAGCCAAGUCUGCUACCAUCCCUGCCGUCCCUAUGGUGGCGGCAGUCCCUUCGCUUCCAAUCUCUGGUCUUGCGACAACAACCACUCUUAUGCAGAUUCCGCCUGGUGUCUCCGUUGUCACCACUACCAAGCCUGUUGUCGUUGCAACCGCUACACUGACUGCCACUGCUCCCGCAGCCAAGGUCACAGUUACAACCAAAGCAGGCCAGCUGCUGCCCCCAAAGGCCGAAGAGGGCGAGGCCAAGUCUGAGGAGCCCGCUGCUGCUGAUGUCAGCGGCGAGGCUUCCGCCGAAGGCUCCGAGGCUAGUGCUGAAUCUGAGGCAGAAUCGGCUGCUGAUGUCGAAGAUAGGUUGGCUAACGGCGAGACAGCUUCAGCGCUGCGCCUGGUUGCUGCUGCUGCCCAGACGGCAUUUAAGCCUGAGGAUAUUGACAAGUUUACGUUCCCGGCGGCGUCGCUGGCAGUGGAUUUGAGCGGUUAUAGCCAAUUGCUUGGCAAGACCAACCAUGCAUCGGCUGCAGGGUCGUACUGGAAGUGGUAUGGCGAAGACUGCCAAUCAUUCGAGCGCCACCGCAACCAGCACCAGCGAGGGCUGAGAAGGAGUCCAGCGGGCCAAAGGAAUAAGGCUGCUGAGUCCGAGUCCAGCAGCAAGCCCGGGCCAAACGCGAUCGUUGGGCCUGGCACACCAAUCUCUCGUGAUAGCAGCGCAUCGUCGCUGGCCACACACACUGGCAUCCUUGCCAUCUCGGCAGCUGUUUUCGCCUUGUUUCUCUAGUAUCCUACUGUUAUGCGCCAUCAACCUAUAGACAUUCGCAUUUUA